GCUGCCCGGGCGGCGGGGGCAGGCGGUCGGGGACGCGGGCCGAGUAGCGCCGGGCGGAGCGCACAGCCAUGGGCCGGGCUGGGACCUGGGCCGGGGACGCGGCGCGGGCGGCGGUGGCGGGGCCGCUGCUGCUGCUGCUGCUCGCUCGGCCGCCUCCGGCCGCGGCGGGCCACGGCGGUCACAGAGACAUCAGGCUGGUGUCUGAGCAGUUCUCGCAGUCCCCGCAGAAGCUGUCUUUCUACAGCUGGUACGGCAGCGCCAGACUCUACCGCUUCCGAGUGCCCCCGGACACCGUGCUGCUGCGCUGGCUGCUGCAGGUGGCCCAGGGCGGCGGCCCCACCUGUGCCAACCUGGAGAUCACCGUGUACUUCCGCUAUGGCGCCCCUCCCGUCAUCAACCCCCUGGGUACCAGCUUCCCUGCCAACACCUCCGUGCAGCCCUCCUUCCUCAUCAAGAUGCUGCAGAGCAACACUUCCAUCAACGUCUCCCACCCGGCGCCUGGGGACUGGUUUGUGGCUGCCCACCUGCCCCCCUCAUCCCAGAAGAUUGAGGUGAAGGGCUUUAUUCCCACCUGUGCCUACAUCUUCCAGCCUGACAUGCUGGUCGUGCGGGUAGUUGAGGUCUCCAUCCUGGAGCCUGACACACCCUUGCCACAGACCCUCCUCUCCCAGCCCAGCUACCUCAAAAUCUUCAUCCCCGAGUUCACCCAGGAGCUGCGGCUGGAGCUGCAGGGCUGUGUGUCCAACGGGAGCUGGGGCUGCCCCGUGCACCUCACCGUGGGCUCAGCUACCCUGCCCAGCAACUUCCAGAAGGUGCUCACCUGCCCUGGCCCCGCCCAGGCCUGCCGCCUGCUGUUGCCCUCGCCGCCCUGGGACCGGUGGUUGCAAGUGACAGCCAAGAGCCUGGCAGGGCCCCAUGUGUUGGUGGCUUUCAGCACUGUAGCUUCUCUCACAGCCUGCAGGCCUUGGAUCGUAAAUUUCCAGCAUCUUCUGCAGAACACUUCAAACCAGAGCCGCAACAUAUCUGCUGGUCUGCUGCCCCCGGGGCCUGGCUGGCGGGGCCUGGCGGGGAGCAGCCAUGUGGGCGGCGGCCCCUUCUGCCUCCUGAGCUACCAGGCCGUGCGGGAAGACGUGGAUGUGGUGUCUGUGCACUUCAGGCCCCCGGACAGGGCCUCGGUGCUGGUGCAGUCGGACGUGCCUGCGGUGAUGCGGCUGCAGCUGAGCACAGGCAUGGACAGCGGGGGCUCCCUCACCAUCGCCUUGUGGGCCAAUGAGAGUGUGAUGCCCAACAACACCUGGGUGAAGGUCUGCCUGAACGCUGCCUCGCCCUUCCUCAGCUUCAGCGCUGCGCUCAACUGCACCACAGCCUUCUUCCAGGGGUAUCCCCUGUCUUUGAGCACCGUGUCUCGCAAGGCCCACCUUACCGUUCCCUACCCAGAGACGGACAGCUGGUACCUCUCCCUGCAGCUCCUGUGCCCUCAGAGUCCUGACUGCUGUCUCCCAGGGCUCAGGGCCGGGCCUCCUGCAGGCCUCAGGAGGCUGGCCAGCACGCCCCGCAGCCAGCCUUCCUGGGCCCCUUCCUCCAGGGGGUGUGAGGGGGCCUCGGUGCUCGUGGAGACCGCCCUGUCCUUGGUGCCCUGCUUGAACGACUGCGGGCCAUACGGCCAGUGCCUCCUGCUGCGCAGACAUGGCUACCUGUAUGCGGGCUGCAGCUGCAAGGCAGGCUGGCGUGGGUGGAGCUGCACAGACAACAGCACCGCCCAGACCUUGGCCCAGCAGCAGGCGGCCGUGCUCCUGCUCACCCUCAGCAACCUCAUGUUCCUGGCCCCCAUCGCCCUCUCUGUGCACCGCUGCCUCCUGGUGGAGGCCUCCGUCUACGCCUACACCAUGUUCUUCUCCACGUUCUAUCACGCCUGCGACCAGCCGGGGGAGGCUGUGCUAUGCAUCCUGAGCUACGACACCCUGCAGUACUGUGACUUCCUGGGCUCGGGGGUGUCCAUCUGGGCCACCAUCCUCUGCAUGGCGCGGCUGAAGGCCGCCCUGAAAUAUGUUCUGCUUCUCCUGGGCACACUGGUGUUGGCCAUGACCUUGCAGCUGGACCGCAGGGGCGCCUGGAACACGAUGGGGCCUUGCCUCUUUGCCAUCGUGGUCAUGGUCACCAUGUGGGUGUACCGCUGCGGGCACCGGCGGCGCUGCUACCCGCCCUCCUGGCAGCGCUGGGCCUUCUACCUCCUGCCCGGCAUCUCCAUGGCCGCCGUGGCCAUUGCCAUCUACGCUUCCAUGAUGACCAGCGACAACUAUUACUAUACCCACAGCAUCUGGCACAUGCUGCUGGCGGGGAGCGCAGCCUUCCUGCUGCCCCCGCGGGACAAGCGUGCUGAGCCCUGGGCCUGCUCACAGGGCCUCGCCUGCCGCUAUCAGAUCUGUAAGAACCACCGGGAGGAGCUGUACACGGUGACGUGAUGCCACCAGCUCAGACAUGCACAGCUCUGGUGGCAGCCUCUGCAGCCAGGGGGGCACCAAGGGAGAGGGGCCCUGUCCGGAUGGAUUUCCAGUGGAAUAAAAUGGCCCUGCGCACCCAUUUGCUUUCUCCGGAGCAGAGAACCUCCUGCGCACAGGCGGGGGGGGGGGGGGGGGGGCGGGAAUCUCUGUUCUGCUGGCCUGGGCUUGACUGGAGACACGCAGAGAGAGGCGCCCAUCACACGGUGAGGCCGUGAUGUGAAACCCAAGGAGACAGAGGAGGCUUGAGCCACCUCCCACCAGCCCCCAACACCGCUGAGGCUGGGAGCUGUGCCCCCGAAUGCCAGUCUGUGUUGGGUAUGGGGCAUGCCCCCUGCUGAUGCUGUUGCCCUGGGCAGAGGUGACCAUGGCCGCCAGAGAGCUGCCAUGUGUGGUGCAGGCGAGAGGCUGGGGGCCCUGCCUGUCCCUUUCUUCGGUUCUCAGCUGUGAAGCUGCCGGCCCGUGAGAAGAGUUCCUGGGGAGGGUGGACUCUGCCGGCCGUGUGCCCCUCCCUUCCCCUGGGCCCUGUGGGGGCAUCCUUGAUGUUGUCAAGAGCGGAGGCGAUGAGGGGCUGCUGGAGAGCCUGGCCCAGCCUCCUCCGCCUCUGGGGGUAGCAGGGUGAGCCCCAGGAGAUGCUGUGCCAGGAGUGGCCCUGCCCCUUCCCCAGGCAGGAGGGCGGCUGGGUGUGCAGAGUGGAGCAGGCCAGGGGAAGCGGGUCACUGAGGCCGGCUCGGGCCCCCAUGCUCAGUCAGUCUCUAGGGGAAACACUGACGUGUGGCGUUUUGGGGGUAAACAUUUUAAGACAAUUUAUUUCACGUAGCUCUGG